CUCCCUCGUCCCCUCUCUCGCCGCCGCACCCAAACCCUAACUCCACUCCUCUCCCCUCUCUCUCCCGAUUCAGAUGCACUCCUCGCAGCCGCCACCCCAAUUUAGCCGAUCCCACAGCCAGCGCCCGCACGCCACCACCCGCUCCUCCUCGCCUUCCAGAUCGCGCCGCCACCUCCCUCCCCAUCCCCUCCUAGAUCUCUCCCUCGGUGAGCCACCGGCGAGCCCCUCUACUGCCCGCGCACACACAACCUCGGCUCCUGCUGCUCUCCAUCGACCCCGAUGCUCCUGCUCCAGUCGGCAUCUGGCGGAGCAUCGCCACUCCGACCCCCUCCCUUCCCCACCCGCUCCUCUCGAUCCCGUCCCCUUCCUCCCUGUCGUCUUCUCCUUACGACGCCCCACCCUCCACCAGGCCCUCCGCCAGCCCGAGCCCCUCGCUCCCUUCUCCACCAGGCCCUCCACCUUCGCUCGACUUGACCAUGUCGUCGUGGGGGAUGGGGUAGUUGGGCUCAUGGCCGAGCUCGACAAGGUGGAGCUCGUGCGCGCCCACGACGAUCCUGAGCGCAACGCCGGCUUCUGCUUCCUCUACUACGCGGACACCGAGGCCGCGGUGGAGCGCGCGGCGUAGGUCGACGGCGUAGGUCGCGGGCGUGGCGGAGCCCAUCCAUCCACCCAUCUUCCCCAAAGUUUCCUUCGACAAGUAGCAGCAGCGGAAGGCCAUGGCCACGAACGUGCAGAUGGGCGGCGGCUCUCGCUCAUCAACAACACCUUCUACUCCAACAAGGAGAUCUUCCUCCGCGAGCUCAUCUCCAACUCGUCAGAUGCGCUUGACAAGAUCCGGCUCGAGAGCCUGACGGACAAGAGCAAGCUCGACGCCAGCCGGAGCUCUUCAUCCGCCUCAUCCCCGAUAAGCCCAACAAGACGCUCUCCAUCAUCGACAGGGCGUCGGCAUGACAAAAUCAGGAACGUCACUGGAUUCUGGAAUCUGACCGAGAUCCCGCCGGAGCUCUUCAACUCAAUGGAGUUGGUCUCUCUGUGAGUCAUGGCAUUGGUGUCUAUUGCUGUGCAAACUGCUUACACUAGGCAAUGCGAGAAUUAAACAACCUAGUAGAGGACAAUGAGCAAUGUCGCUUGAUGAGUUGAUGUCGUUCAUGAUAUGAUGUUCUGUAUGCAGAUCAAUGUGCCUAACAAUAACCAGCAGUUCAUCAGCAUCCUGACUGGCCAUGUUAACUCCGCGUCCUACUUCUCGAUGGACGCUGCAUCCUUCCCCAGCAGGCUGCCAAUGGCUGCGUGCCUGCGCCCUGCUGCUUCUGCGCCGGUGCCGGCCACCACGCCCAAUCGCCACGGCCAGCGGCAGCAGUCUCCUCGGCGGACGGCAGUGUGCAAGUGUGCACCCUGGCACUGGGGACUAGAGACGUGCAACAUAGAAGGCCAGCAGCUAAGAGCUGAGCAGCUAUACACAGAGCCGGAGGUGUCGGAGCAACAGCGAGCAACGGACCUUUUCUCGCAGAAGGUGCAGAGGUCGUCGUUCAGCACGUCGGACAAAGUUCUUCAGCUGUCGGACGAGGUGGAGGCACGCUUCCUGUAGCACUUCGCGGGUAAAGACUCGAGGUGCAGGUGACAUCUAUUAUUCUCACUUAGGCGAAUCUGAAAUUUUGUGAGAAUGCAACCUUUUGGGAAUUCUGGACUUCUCUUUUGCGCUAAUACAAUGAUAUUAGAUGUCUGUUGGUUGCUAUAUAUGGGUAAGACGAAUUGAAUUGAGUCCUGAUGUUUUCUUUUUGAUGUACGCACACAAAUGAUUGUCAUUCAUGAACAGGAAGCAACCAUACUAGUUCCUACCUGUGUUCCAGAUAUUGUUGUACGUAUUAUUUACUGUUGUACAUAUACACAACCUAUUGUUGACGUAUCACUUCGAGAGAUAUUAUGUGCUCUCAGACUAUCAUUGCAUUGCGUGCUGUUCCUGCAUACCUGUAUCUCAAGCAUUGCACAUUUGUGUUUGUUUAGGCGGACAACUACCCGUAUAAUAUGCAAACAACAACAAAGCUAGUGAUGCUAUGCUAAGAUUAAUGUGUACUUGUCAAACUCAAGAUUACGCAUGUUAAAAGUUUGAAAUGUCUUUUAAAAAAAUAAAUUGAAAGAGUCCUUCUAGCUUGUGUAGGUGUCUUGCGAUCCUGUUCUAAUUAAUGUAUACAGUGCAAGCUCUUGUUUUUGUCUAAAUGCAUGCACAUAAGUUCAAUUACCUUCUGAAAAAUACUUGAUGCACUUUUUUUUUCGUUUCUCAAAUACAAAAUAGCUUGCUCCUUCUAGUUGUGGCAUCCCCAUUUUUAAUCUUUAUGAUGUUGUUCCUCACUAGUAUUCACUAUUAACUAUGCCUCGUUUUGAUUGUUCUAUUGUUAUUUAUGCCAAAAGGUUAACAUGUUGGAAUUUAUUUUGUUCUUGACCAUUUUGUUUUAUAACAUGCAGAUGGUGGUCUCUAUUCAUGUUUCGUUGUGAGCUCCAGCAUGAAGAAGUUGGAAGAAGCAAUGCAUGAUGGAUCUAGGAGCAGUAUAACGCUGAUUUGUGAACUUGUUGUAAUGCUAAUUCAGGUUGUAAUGCUGAUUGUAUGUGUCAUCCUUCAUUGUACACUUGUGGAGCUUCUUAUAUGAUUGUAAACUUGAUGCUGAUCACAUUGUAUGUGUGUUAUAUGAUCUAGCACUUUGAUGGUUGAUAACAUUUGAAGUAUUUCAUGUGUUUUCUAUGUGCCAAUUUAAAUACCAGGUAUUUAUUUGCAUGAAAAAAAAAUGAAGAAUAUUGCCUUGACAGCUAG